AUGGACUCAGAAGCCAAUUUUUUAAUGAAAAUAAUAAAAUUAAUAAAAGACAUUUUUUUUAAUGACAAUCUCGAAGUACUAGAGUCUGAAGACAAUGUUGAAAAUGUUCCAAUAGUUUCAACUCCACAGGCUUUACCGAGUGCUUCACAUUUUCAUGGCGAAUCUAGCUCCCAACCUGGCUAUUCUGAUAAAAGAAAAAAAAGAAAAAUAAAUGACGAAGAAAAACAUCAGUCUACUAUGAGUUUAUUACAACAGGCUUCUUCAUUGCUAGGUCAGGAAACUUCAACGGAAGCACUAGACCAUAUUGGAAAUUUUGCACAGUAUGCUACUACAGGGCCCGCUCUAGGGACGGACGACCCGGACAUUAUUUUGUCUGGGGCCGCAAAAAUAAAAGUCGGCCUUUUUGGUGUGAUAAUGGUUGGAUCAGAAUUGAGGAAUAUCAAGAGCCCUCAAAUUCUUAACAAACUCAAGAGGAGUAUAUCGCAACUGUUGUUCGAUGCACAAGACGAAGAUCAGAAUCAUCAGUUUUAA